AUGAUUUCCAAAACUUGGUUUUACAAAUGCGUCUUUCUCCUCGGUGACGCCGUGCACAAAUUGAACCCUUUGACGGGUCAGGGAGGCAAUUGCGCAAUCGAGACGGCAGCCGAACUGAUGAACGCGAUUCUUGACGAACGAAAUGAUCGUCCGACAGGUUUGCAGGAUUUGUCCGAGGACGACAUUAAGCCCAUGUUCCUGCGAGUGCAGACGGCACGCGCGUCGCGCAGCCGCAUGGUCGUGACUGGUCAAAGAUUCUUACGAUCGUUUGAACGUGUUGACGAAUCAAAAUCCGACAUUGUCAGCCGUGGUUAA